CAGUAAGGCGUCGGUGUUACUGGAGUUCCGCGUGGGGGUUUUUUCUUCGAAAUUAGGUUUAAAUUGGCGAGAUAUUUAAAGUUUGUCGGACCCCCUUUCUCGUAGUGACAGUUGCGUUUUCUUGCAAAAAACAUGGGAACAUUUAGAUGAGUUUCUCGAGGGUGUUUUUCUCCGCAAAUGACGUGGAAUAGCACGAUGAGCAGUGGCUACAGCAGCUUGGAGGAGGACUCCGAAGAGUACUUUUUCACGGCCAGGACCUCUUUCUUCAGAAAGCCCUCGGGAAAAGUGACAGUGAACAAGGAUGUGGAGAAGGAGAGAGAGCUGCGGACCGAGUUCAGCAGGGAGGAAAUCAGGCAGAGGAUCGAGCAGUACAACAUGCUGACUAAAAACCACCUCAAAAUGACACUGAAUCCUACUGGUGUGUAUACUGGUUUCAUUCAGGUCCAGAUGGAUCUGAGGAGGCCGGUGACGGUGCGGGGGGGUCAGAGAGGAGCCGGUGGAGGCCGGGUGGAGGAGGCCUUUUAUCUGCCCAGAGGAGUCACCAACACCCUCCACAUCGGCUCCAAUAACACAGUCAAACAGGUGGCUCACACACACACACACACACACACACACACACACACAAAUCUGUAUGUGUGUGUGUCUCCUGCAGUGUAUGUGUGUAAGCUGGCGGAUGGCGAGCAGCCGUUGUUUCUUCGUCUGGUGGCGGGACCCGACGGCGACACGCUGAGCUUCGUCCUGAGAGAACAGCAGAUUGGAGAAGUCAUGUGGGACGCGUUCUCCAUCCCCGAGCUGCGUAACUUCCUGCGGAUCCUCGAAAAGGAGGAGGACGAGCAGCGGGAGGCGAUGCACAGGCGCUACGAUGCGUAUCGCCAUAGACUGGAGGAGGCGCUGAGGGAGGUCAGAGGACCCUCUUAGAGGAUUAACCUCCAUGAGACAGGAACACUGCCCCCUACAGGGACGGAGGAGGUGAUUCUUUUUCUUUUUUUUUUUUACCUCCUCAGAGGACAAAAAUAGUGUAAAUUUUGCCAGAGAGAAGGAUGUGACUGCAGAGUGAGAAGAGAGGAUCCAGCGCCUGGAAGAAAGGGAUGAUAUAAAGGAGAUAAACUGACAAGCGACUAAAGACGUGAACGGACUAAAUGUGGACGCUGGAGUUUGAUUCAGCCUGGAUUAAAGACUUCAAAGUGCUGCCUGCUCUCACCAAAGAUUCACUUCAUCGUGCCAAACUCAUCCUCUCUGCACCCCUCUCUUCUUCUUCGUCUCUCACUCUGUCCUGCUGUCACAUAAUUUAUCCAAUUCCUCUUUUUAUCCUUUUAAACUUGUGAAAGACUCGAGGCCAUAUGUUGAGUUAGAGGUUUAUUUAAUUUUGUUUGUUUUAAAAGGUCUGUACAUAUAUAUUUUUUUUUAAUUUAUAUGGGUGAAGCUUUUUA